AUGGCGUCAUCAUCGUCGGCCAGACCCACCGCCAACGGAGACCACAGGCCGCGUCCGCCGCCGUCAAACCCCAGCAACAGCAACAGCAACCGCCACCAGCACUACUACCCAACGACGUCGUAUCAUUCUUCCUCCUCCUCCUCCGCUUCCUUCAAAGGCUGCUGCUGCUGCCUCUUCCUCCUCUUCUCCUUCCUCGCCCUUCUCGUCCUCGCCGUCGUCCUCGUCAUCAUCCUCGCCGUCAAACCCAAGAAGCCCCAGUUCGAUCUCCAACAAGUCGGCGUCCAGUACAUGGGCAUCAACUCCCCCGACCCGAACCCGAACCCGACUUCGGCCUCCCUCUCCCUCAACAUCCGCAUGCUCUUCUCCGCCGAGAACCCCAACAAGGUCGGAAUCAAGUACGGCGAGUCCAGGUUCACUGUCAUGUACCGCGGCAUCCCAUUGGGCAAGGCCUCCGUCCCCGGCUUCUUCCAGCAGGCCCACAGCGUCAGGGAGGUCGUCGCAACCAUCGCCGUCGAUCGCGCCAAUCUCAUUCAGGCCGACGCCGCCGAUUUAAUCCGCGACGCUUCUCUCAACGACCGGGUCGAGCUCCGGGUCCUGGGUGACGUCGGCGCCAAGAUCCGCGUCUUGAACAUCGACUCUCCUGGCGUUCAGGUUUCCGUGGAUUGUGCGAUCGUUAUAAGUCCAAGGAAGCAGUCUCUCACUUACAAGCAGUGUGGAUUUGAUGGAUUGAGUGUUUAGCCUCAUUCACCUAACAGUAACAAGUCCUCACUCUCUGGGGUUUUUUUUUCUCUUUUCUUUCUUUUAAUUUUAACUCUUCAAAUUGGGAAGAGAACUGAAAGGUAAAAAGCAGGGGAGUAAAACACUAAUAGUUUUAACAGCAAAGAGGAAAAGGAAGGAGAAGAAGAUUCGCAAAUUGGAAAAUUCC